ACCGAACCGUUCAGUUGUGCUGCAAACGCAAACCAGUUCGGACGCGCUUUUCCCACGCUUAAACUACGCAAUAAGCUUUCGAGCCCGGAGAGUAUCAAACUACGUGAGAAUAUCCGCUGUUGUUGUUGGUGUUGUUAUUUUGCUAGGCUCCGAUCAACGUUUCUAACGGUUCGGUUUGAAUUGUGCGCGCCAAGUUAGCGUGCUAGGUACUUAGAUAAUCGGGAAUUUGAUGAACGACCGAGAAAAGGGUGUUGGUUUCUUCGAAAGAUCAAGUGUUUUUACAGAUGAUAUUGGAAUUUUAUCGAGUGAAUAAAAAAUUGCAAAUAUAGUUUGCUCUUGAAUCUCAAAUAUUUAGUAAAACGUGAAGUGAAAACAACAAGAACUGUUGUCUUGUUUGAACAAGUUUCAUCUAAUAAAAAAAAAUUCGUACCCGUUUCGUCAACCAGCUCUUCAACUUUCGUAACACAAUGGCAAAAUACGGAGCCUUGAUUCUGGUUUCGGUUUAUCUGUUGGCGGCUACAUUCCACGAAGCCAGUGCACUGAAAUGCUGGCGAUGCUCGUCGGAUGCCUCGACGGCGGCCUUCUGCGACGAUCCGUUCACCCAGGAUAUCGUCACGGACCAGCAGCGUCGUUGGAGCUACGUCGAUUGCAGCUAUCCACCGGGAACCGGCUCGUACCCGUUCAACCAGCAGGUGUCACAGACGCGAUCCGUGUGCAAGAAGAUGAAGCAGUACAUUAACGACCGCGUAGUGAUUUCCCGCUCGUGCGCCUGGGAAGAUGUGAACGCUCCGCCGAACAGCUGCAUCAACGCACAAACACCGUCCUACAUCAAGACCGAAUUUUGUGAAACCUGCACGACCGAUGGCUGCAACGGGGCUUCCCAGUACGGCCCUGCACUGGUGAUGAUUGUCCUGGCGGCCCUGGUUGCCAAGCUGCUCGCAUGGUAACUUGAACCCUCCCGCCGAUUGCACCGUCCUCUCCCCUUACCAAUUAGCUUUAAACCUAAUAAUAAUUAAUAAUAAUUUCAAUAACUGAAUCAGAAGACCCACAUUUUACAGCAGUUCAAGCUGUAAUCACGUACGAUAACCGUCGUUGCCUUAAUCGUCUCGAAUGUUUUAUUGAACGAAGAAAAGUAUUUAUUAUGAUGAUCUGAAACUUUCCCAUCCAACUAUACAUGUUAUACGAUAAGACAACACGAGAACACUAGUUUCUUCGGGAUACAGUCGCACAUCUUCAAUAAAAUCCGCGAUCGCCCGUACGUUCUUUUUUUUACACGAUCUGCAACUGUAAACACUCGUAAAUAAGAAGUAAAUGUACAAAUAUUGUUACAUCACACGAUUUCAUAAGCUAUACCAUUAGAUUACACCUGCUGCACGUCACUAGAGAUCGUAGAGAAAAAAAGGAUCUUGUUCUCAUCUGUCCAUUGAUUACAAAACAAUCGAAUCAGUUUCUCGAAUUCAACUAACUAUGAGUAAGACGAAAUCCCAUUUUGCCUCAUGCAAAAAAUGUUCAAUUCGGUGCGGUUCUGUAGAAAUAAGUGUUUCCAUGUACAUAAUAACUGUAACAAGAAUGAUGAACAAAAAGAAAGAAAUAAACGUUGUUCUCAAAAGACCAA